CAUAACGCGCGGUGCGUGACGUUGAGGGGCUCCUUUGCAAUGGCGCGCUAAGUCGGAGGAUGUGCAGCUGCAGUGGCAGCGCAGGGCACCGAGAGGGCAGGCGCAACGCGAGCCGAGCCGAGCCAGCCGGGGGACGCGAGCCGGAGGAGCCGCUGUCGCCUCGCGCCGGAGUCGCCGGCCGCGCGCGCGGGGCAUGGUCCCCUCUUAAAGGCGCAGGCCGCGGCGGUGCGGGCGGGCGCGCGGAACAAAGCGCCGGCGCGGGGCCUGCGGGCGGCUCGGGAGCCGCGAUGGGCGCGGCGGGCCCGCGGCGGCCUCGGUGCUGCCCGGGCCGGGCCUGGAGGCGCUAGGGCGGGCUGGCCUCCGCGGGCGGGGGCGGCGGACGGAGGACGCGUGGAGCCUGCGGCGGGGAUAGCGGCCCGGCGGGCGGAGGGACGCGGGUAUGGCCGCGCGCGGCCGGCGCGCCUGGCUCAGCAUGCUGCUCGGGCUCGUGCUGGGCUUCGUGCUGGCCUCGCGGCUCGUCCUGCCCCGCGCCUCGGAGCUGAAGCGUGUGGGCCCGCGGCGGCGUCCCAGUCCCGAGGGAUGCCGGCCAGGGCAGUCGGCGCCGCAGCCCGGCGGUGCGCGAGGCGAUGCGCGCGGGGCGCAGCUCUGGCCACAUAGCUCGGCCGCGGAGGGCGUCCCGCGUGACAGGAACUUUCUCUUCGUGGGAGUCAUGACCGCCCAGAAAUACCUGCAGACCCGCGCCGUGGCCGCCUACAGAACAUGGUCCAAGACAAUUCCUGGGAAAGUUGAGUUCUUCUCUAGCGAGGGCUCAGAUACAACUAUACCUAUUCCGAUAGUGCCCCUGCGGGGUGUGGAUGACUCCUAUCCGCCCCAGAAGAAGUCUUUCAUGAUGCUCAAGUACAUGCAUGACCACUACUUGGACAAAUACGAAUGGUUUAUGAGAGCAGAUGAUGACGUUUACAUCAAAGGAGAUCGUCUGGAGAGUUUCCUGAGGAGUCUGAAUAGCAGCGAGCCCCUCUUUCUCGGGCAGACGGGACUGGGCACCACAGAAGAGAUGGGGAAGCUGGCCCUUGAGCCCGGAGAGAACUUCUGCAUGGGAGGGCCUGGUGUGAUUCUGAGCCGGGAGGUGCUUCGGAGAAUGGCACCGCACAUUGGCAAGUGUCUCCGGGAAAUGUACACCACCCAUGAGGACGUAGAGGUGGGAAGAUGUGUUCGGAGGUUUGCAGGCGUGCAGUGUGUUUGGUCAUACGAGAUGCAGCAGCUGUUUUACGAGAAUUACGAACAGAACAAGAAAGGGUACAUUAGAGAUCUCCAUAGCAGUAAAAUCCACCGAGCAAUCACCUUACACCCCAACAAAAACCCACCCUACCAAUACAGGCUACACAGUUACAUGCUCAGCCGCAAGAUCGCCGAGCUGCGCCAUCGCACAAUCCAGCUGCACCGGGAAAUCGUCCUGAUGAGCAAGUACAGCAGCACAGAGGUCCACAAGGAAGACCUCCAGCUGGGCAUCCCUCCCUCCUUUAUGCGCUUUCAAGCCCGCCAGCGAGAGGAGAUCCUGGAGUGGGAGUUUCUGACUGGAAAAUACUUAUAUUCAGCCACUGACGGCCAGCCUCCCCGGAGAGGGAUGGACUCGGCACAGAAGGAGGCCUUGGACGACAUCGUCAUGCAGGUGAUGGAGAUGAUUAACGCCAACGCCAAGACCCGAGGGCGCAUCAUCGACUUCAAGGAGAUCCAGUAUGGCUACCGGCGCGUGAACCCCAUGUACGGGGCCGAGUACAUCCUGGACCUGCUGCUCCUGUAUAAGAAGCACAAAGGGAAGAAGAUGACAGUCCCUGUGAGGAGGCAUGCGUACCUGCAGCAGACCUUCAGUAAGAUCCAGUUUGUGGAGCAUGAGGAGCUGGAUGCGCAGGAUCUGGCCGACAGAAUCAACCAGGACUCCGGGUCCCUGUCCUUCCUGUCCAAUUCCCUGAAGAAGCUUGUUCCCUUCCAGCUACCUGGGUCCAAGAUUGAGCACAAAGAGCCCAAAGAAAAGAAGAUAAACAUUCUGAUCCCUUUGUCUGGACGCUUUGACAUGUUUGCAAGGUUCAUGGGAAACUUUGAGAAGACAUGUCUCAUUCCAAAUCAUAACGUCAAGCUCGUCGUUCUGCUCUUCAAUUCUGACUCCAACCCUGACAAGGCCAAACAGGUUGAACUGAUGAGAGAUUAUCGAGUCAAGUACCCUAAAGCUGACAUGCAGGUUUUACCUGUGUCUGGAGGGUUUUCAAGAGCGCUGGCCCUAGAAGUAGGAUCUUCCCAGUUUAAUAAUGACUCUUUGCUCUUCUUCUGUGAUGUUGACCUGGUAUUUACUGUGGAAUUCCUACAACGGUGUCGCGCAAACACAGUGCUGGGUCAGCAGAUCUAUUUCCCAAUCAUUUUUAGCCAGUACGAUCCAAAGAUUGUUUAUAGUGGGAAGGUUCCCAGUGACAACCAUUUUGCCUUUACUCAGAAAACUGGCUUCUGGAGAAACUAUGGGUUUGGCAUUACUUGUAUUUAUAAGGGAGAUCUUGUAAGAGUGGGAGGCUUUGACGUCUCCAUCCAAGGCUGGGGUCUGGAGGAUGUGGACCUUUUUAACAAGGUUGUCCAGGCCGGGUUGAGGAUAUUCCGGAGCCAGGAGGUUGGCGUCGUCCACAUCCACCACCCUGUCUUCUGUGACCCCAAUCUGGAUCCCAAACAGUAUAAAAUGUGCUUGGGGUCAAAAGCAUCGACGUAUGGGUCCACACAGCAGCUGGCUGAGAUGUGGCUGGAAAAGAAUGACCCCAGCUACAGCAAAAGCGGCAGUAACGGCUCUGCCAGGACAGCCUGAUUCCAGCCCCACUGGAAAGGACGUUUUUAAUUGCCUAAUUUAUUUUUCAAAAACUUUUUUGUAUGAUGAGUUUUUUGAAGUCUGUAUAAGGAUAUAUUUUCCAAUUGGUUUUCUUACACAGGACUCCUUUAAGAUUAAACUUUUUGAACAAAAAUGUGAUCAAUGUUUGCCUUUGAACACGUCUUGCUGAACAUGAUGUAGCACCUGCUUAAUCCUGACUUGAAACAUACCCGGUGAACAAAACUUUCAUAGUGAGUUUUUGGUUUUAUACAUUUCUUUUCCAGACAACCCCUCCCCUCUCUGUAGUCCUAUGGCAGAAACCGUGAACAUUCCUAAGAAGUAUUAUUGUGGCACACACACUGUAACUCUGGUAAAUGCUCUGUUGUGACUGUUAACUUUGCACAAAUUCUACCUUUUUACCUUUUUUUAAACAAUUUUUUAAGUCAUCUUUGAUUCCAGUCACAAAGUAAGCAGACAUGAUAAUAGUUGUAUUGUCGCUGUCUACAGGACAGCUUUCCAGAUUGGUCAUCUGCCCCAAGAUGGGCUCCACCCUCCGUGGCCACCUGGGCUUUACAAGCGGGGGACCGGGAAGAGCACAGCUACGGCUGACUCCACUGUAAUUUCUUGGCCAAAGCAAACCUGGCACUGAAGCCCAAGGCGAACUUGGCAUUUUCUCUGCCCUGCCCCUUCUCUUUAGGGUACAGUAUUAUUUAGGGUGACAAAGAAUGGCUCUUAGUAGUGUACUGGAUGCAAGCUACACAGCAAACCCCUAAUGAAAAUGUGAGGGGCAAAGUUGGGGUUCUGUUCUCUUGAUCCUGUGUUGUGGGGGGAGAUGGUCGCUUCAUUUUUUAAUUACUGUUUUGUUCUAUCUUGUUUAUCUGAAGUACCUUUAAUUUAUUUAAUACCCAUUGUUUAGCUCUCUUCCAUUUUGAGUACUUGUCAGUUACUAGUAUUUAUGUGUACUGUGGGCGUGAUUAGAAUGUUUUAUUUGCGGUAAACCGAUCUCCAAAGAUUUCCUUUUGAAAACACUUUUUCCUCAUCCUUAAUUUGUACAUUCCCAUCUUGCUAAAUAUUAAGUGUUCUUUGGUAAUUUUGGUGCUCAUGUGUUUUGGGGACAGAAGUGAAAUGACUUCUCCUGUUACACCAGAAUGUUUGUUUUCAACUCACAGAUCAAACGUGCCUUAAUAAUUUGUUUUCAUUUAGAUUUCAAACAGUUGAUAGAUUUGCCAUUUUUAAUAUCCAUCGUUGGAGAUCUGCUUAUUUGUAAAUAGCCUAUUGCACAUUUGAACAAAUAAACCAGUGGACAGUAUUUUUCUAUUGUACUUUGCAGACCCAUUUUGUCUCAUUAUUUUUGUGUUAGUUGAAUAAUUGAAUUACAUUUGGAAAG